GAGCACAACUGCGCUCCCGGAGACCUGCUGGUGCCGCCAUUGCGACCCGCUCUUGGAGGCCGUCGGUCCGUUUGUCGGUUUGCCCAAUUAGCUGCCCGCCUUGGCCCUAAUCCACGUUUCCGCAGUGAGAACCUAAUCCAACUCGACUUGGACCUUCCGAGUCGGACAACGCACGAUUACGAGCCUCCUCAAUUAGCACCGCAGUUAGUGGCUGCCUUGGAGGCAGCACUUCAAGACGAAGAGGAUCUUGAACUGGAUGGCAGUUAUUUGCGCCUGGGGAAGGCAAUGCGCCCAGGCUAUGUGGCCAAUAAUGCAAUGCUUAUGGUUCUACAAGCCUUCAGCUUAGUCUUGGAUCCAACUCUGAAUGCUGUUGGCGUCUAA